AUGAGACCCGAGGGUGGCCUCCUCCUCCCCUGCCUCCAACGCUCCAUUUACCAGGUCGCCGUGGAACUAGUGCAGGCGGCUACUUGUCAUGUCGCCGACGAGUUCCUCUCAGCCGUCGCGCUUGUCUGGGAGCUUCACGAGCUCUCGCAGCUCUUUCUACUUGUCUAUUUUUCCCUCUUCGUCGCUCCCGAUCUCCUGGCCCUCAUCUGCGUCGCGAUCGGCAACGCAUUUGGAAUGGUCUCGGACACGAUGGAGGUGGAACCGCGUGCCCCUCUCCUCCCCCUCGUCGCUCAGAUGAACAAGCAGGCCAGCGCGAUGAACACAGAACAUAAGCUUCCCUUUCCCGGACCACUGAGCCCUGACGGCACUCGAGACGUACGAUAUCUAGCUCUGGAUGGGCAACCCAAGUCCACUCUCAAGGAGUGGUGCCGCGAGUUCAGACUCCCCGUUUCUGGCAAUGUCCCUCAACUGAUGGAGAGGCUUCGUGAAUACAGUGGGGAUGACAACAAAUGGAAAAGCCUCGGCGCAGUCAAGAUGCGCUCUCAUAAAGGCCCCAGAUCAUCCGGGAAACCUCAACGGCACCAAAAGCAAUCCCAGGUGCGAUGUGCAGCACUGUUCAAGAGCAACCCCGCUCUUGAUGCGCCUCUACGCGUUAUGCACGCCUUGCCCACGGAGCGCUCGAUGGAUCGUCGGACGGCUCAACAGGUGGCGAUGGUGGUCCCUUGGAGGAGCGGCGAGGCACGAUCUCCCUCCGACUUGCCAUUGAAUACAGCUGGUGGGAGGGAUGCCUCUGCUGUAUCCUCUUCCCCCACUGAGGUUGCCAGCCCUCUCACACCUGUCCACCUAUAUCUACCCUAUUCCCUCCCUUCGGCUUCCCUCAGCAGAUUUGAGGUUCCUUCUUGCUUGGGCGGCCUUCCCCAUUGCCCACCCUCCGAUAUCAGCAUGCAGUCCCCCUCCACACCGCUCAUUGAAGGGGACAGAACUCCAGCAAUGGACAUUGACCCCAGCCCUCUCGACCAUUGUCCAACGUCGCUUGCUCCUUCCUGCAAAAUAUUCGGCUUCUGGCUUCUAUGUGGGACGACGCCUCUUCAGCGUGGGGUGGAGUCUCUUUCACCACCAUUCACAGACAUCCCAUCCCACUCAAAUUCUGGCCGACCCUCUACCGGUACUGGAAGCCUGCCAUAUGGAAAGCGAAGAAGGGGGACUCCUGAAGAUUUCAACGCGGCGUUCACUGUCAACGGUCAAUUGCAAUCGUACACCGCCAUCGAAAAGGCGAUCACUCAAGCUCGCAUAGCAAAUGAUCGGAUACUGAGUGUGAAAGCACGUGAGGAAUAUGGGGCUGAUUUCGAUCAAGUGUUCUUAUACCGGCGAACUCGAGAUGGUGCUUGGAUUGUGAUGAGCAAGGACUCAAGCAUUGCUCGUCACUACUGCCGCCUUCAGGGAGAGGCUCAGGAAGAUGAAGAGGGCGAUUCUGACGAGGGAAUUUGA